CCAUGGACGUUAGUAAAGUGUUAUUGUGCUUUGUGGUAGUUUUGUUUUCUGCACCGAAAGUGCGCGGUGUCGAGCAAAAUGGCACAAAUUCUUCCCUCACAGGGUAUGGGUAUGAAAUCAUAACGGCCAAGUUGGAAUACCUCCAGUACAAGCUGAUGGAGAUAGGUUUCACCAUGAAGGAAGAUCGAGAGACGAUCGAACAGAAGCUGUCGGAGCAAAAGAUUCUCUCCGAAGGGCUACUGUGGGCCAUCAAUCAGCUCAGUCAAACGAUUGGCCACAAUCUGACCGUACUGCAAACGCAGUCUAAUACAGUGCUCUCCCAGCAGACUGCCUGCGCCAACCAUGAACUGAUGCGAAAGCAUAUCCAAAUGUUAGUGGCAAAAGAAGAUCGUGCUCUGCUCAGGGACUAUUCAGACACUAUCGAGACGAAAAGCCCCAUCAGUUCGUGCAAAGGCGUAACGGGAAAGCACUUCAUACAACCUACCGCGAACGACGAACCCUUCCUGGCACUUUGCGAAGAGACCAGUUUCGGUGGAGGAUGGUUAGUGAUUCAGUAUCGGUUUAACGGAUCGCUAGACUUUUACCGCAACGGGGAAGCGUAUCAGAACGGUUUCGGAAGUGUCGAUGGAGAGUUUUGGCUCGGCUUGGAACACUUGCAUCAGAUUACUUCGGCACGAAAGCAUGAGCUGCUGGUGGAGCUGAAAGAUUUCAAUGGAAACUACGUGUACGCACGGUACGAUGAGUUCGAGAUCGGCAGUGAGGAGGAAAAAUAUGAGUUAAAAAAGCUGGGAUCGUACACAGGAACGGCAGGUGACUCAUUGACGUACCAUAAGGGUAUGAAGUUUACAACCAAAGAUCGAGACAAUGAUGAAAGUGGAAGCACAAACUGUGCUGUGAAUUAUGAGGGAGCAUGGUGGUACAAGGAAUGCCAUCAUGUGAAUCUUAAUGGACGUUACAAGAAUACUGAGGACGCAAAAGCUAUGGUGUGGUACCACUACAAAUCGGCUCAUACUGGUAUGGCAUACUCAAGAAUGUUGAUUCGAGAAGUUUGAUGCGUGAUCGCUUGUAAUAUGAAUAAAUGAAUGAAAAAAAACCAUCACACGUGUUCUGAUGUUAAAUGUUUGGUAGAUGGUAUGAUUUCACACAGAGCAGAAUUGCGAACACCUUCUUCUGUUUAAUCAUAUACUGGUUGUACUACGCACACCGGAUAAGCUCAACUGAUAGCAGCAUUUAAACUCUGCCGGCAUGUAAAAGGGGAAAGAAAGGCUGCAAUCCUUCAUAGUGUGUUGAACAGUGGUGUUGUAUUGAAGAACGAAGAGAUCAUUUUCCGUUAGUAAAUUAUUAAUGUACAUUAAUGCGUUUUUUUUAUCGAUAGUAAAUGGUCGGUGUUGGGGCCGGUCUGGUGGUACA